AACUGUCUUUAAAAAAGUGUUGUUUCCAGACGGACCCUCGGCCACCUUGUUCAUUUAUUAUGUUGGAAUGAGCGAUUUUAUUUUUUAUAUAAUUUCACAUAUUUAACCCGCAUAAUUAAAAUAGUAUGGCUACGAAACGAAAAGUAGAUAUGGUCGUCCCGGCUGAGGAAAGCGACCAGCUCCUAAUUCGUCCUCUAGGAGCUGGUCAGGAGGUUGGGAGGUCUUGUAUUAUCCUGGAGUUCAAAGGGAGGAAAAUAAUGCUGGACUGUGGCAUUCAUCCAGGUUUAGAGGGAAUGGAUGCUCUUCCCUAUAUAGACCUGAUUGACCCAGCUGAGAUUGACCUCCUCCUCAUCAGCCAUUUUCAUUUGGAUCACUGCGGAGCUCUGCCCUGGUUCCUCCAGAAGACAAGUUUUAAGGGGCGGACCUUCAUGACCCACGCCACCAAGGCUAUCUACCGCUGGCUGCUGUCAGACUACGUCAAAGUCAGUAACAUCUCCGCAGAUGACAUGCUGUACACUGAAACUGACCUGGAGGACAGCAUGGACAAGAUUGAGACCAUCAACUUCCACGAGGUUAAGGAGGUGGCUGGAAUCAAGUUUUGGUGCUAUCAUGCUGGUCAUGUGCUGGGAGCAGCCAUGUUUAUGAUCGAAAUAGCUGGAGUUAAGCUGCUGUACACAGGAGACUUCUCCAGGCAGGAAGACAGACAUCUGAUGGCAGCUGAGAUCCCGAGUGUCAAACCUGACAUCUUAAUUAUAGAGUCGACCUACGGCACUCACAUCCAUGAAAAGAGGGAGGAGCGUGAGGCCCGCUUCUGUAACACGGUCCAUGACAUCGUGAACAGGGAGGGUCGCUGUUUGAUUCCCGUGUUCGCCUUGGGACGGGCCCAGGAACUGUUGCUUAUCUUGGAUGAAUACUGGCAGAAUCACCCAGAACUCCAUGAUAUUCCCAUCUAUUACGCCUCAUCUCUGGCCAAGAAGUGCAUGGCUGUCUAUCAGACCUACGUCAAUGCAAUGAACGACAAGAUCCGCAAAGCCAUCAACAUCAAUAAUCCUUUCGUGUUCAAGCACAUCAGCAACCUGAAGAGCAUGGACCACUUCGAUGACAUCGGCCCCAGCGUAGUGAUGGCUUCUCCGGGUAUGAUGCAGAGCGGGCUCUCCAGGGAGCUGUUCGAGAGCUGGUGCACCGAUAAGAGGAACGGAGUCAUCAUUGCUGGGUACUGUGUGGAGGGCACACUGGCUAAGCACAUCAUGUCUGAGCCAGAGGAGAUCACUACAAUGUCGGGACAGAAGCUGCCGCUGAAGAUGUCUGUGGACUACAUCUCCUUCUCUGCCCACACCGACUACCAGCAGACCAGCGAGUUCAUCAGGGCCCUCAAACCGCCACACGUGAUCCUGGUUCAUGGGGAGCAGAAUGAGAUGGCCCGUCUGAAGGCAGCGCUGAUCAGGGAGUACGAGGAUAACGACCAGGUUCACAUCGAAGUGCACAACCCUCGCAACACAGAGGCCGUCACUCUGAACUUCAGAGGAGAGAAGCUGGCAAAGGUGAUGGGUUCUCUGGCUGAUAAGAAAUGUGCUCAGGGUCAGAGGGUGUCGGGCAUACUCGUGAAGAAGAACUUCAAUUACCACAUCCUGAAUCCAUCUGACCUCUCAACAUACACAGAGCUGGCCAUGAGCACAGUGAAACAAACCCAGGCCAUCCCCUUCACCGGGCCCUACUCCCUGCUCGUCUGCCAUCUGAGGAACCUCACAGGGGACGUGGAAGAGCUGGACGGAACCGAGAAGAACACUUUAAAGAUCUUUAAAAACAUCACCUUGAUCCAUGAGGUUGGCAUGGUGGUGCUGGAGUGGGUAGCCAACCCUCUCAAUGACAUGUAUGCUGAUGCUGUCACCACUGUGGUGCUGGAAGUGCAGUCCAACCCAAAAGCUCAGAACGUCAUGGAGACGCAGAGUGUCAUUUUGGACAUGGAUGUCUUCCAGACCCGGUUAGAGGUUAUGCUGCAGGACAUGUUCGGAGAGGAGUGUGUGGAUUUCAGUGAUGGGAAAAUCAUUUCUGUGACGGUGGACGGACAGGUGAUCCACAUCAGCUUGGAGACACGGUCUGUUUACUCUGAGGACGAUGCCACAGAGGACGAGUCCCUGAGAGAGAUGGUGGAGCUGGCAGUGCAGCGGCUCUAUGACGCCCUGAACCCGGUGGUCUGACGGUGCCGAUGGGCCUCCUGCUGUGCUGAUCAGUUUCCAUCCAGAAAACUAAAACCAGAACUACUUUAGAAGAGAAGAAUAAGCUAAAUAGUUUUAAUCUUUUAGUCUGUUGAUGUAAAAGCACUUUAAGUUAACUGUAUUUGUCUGUAGAUUCUGGAGUUUUUAUCUCUCCCCUACAAAUAAACAGCAAUUUGACUGAAUAUUAAACCGCACUAAA